AUGGAGGAAGAUUGGCAGCAACCGAAAUGGGAAGGCAAAACAUCAGCUGAGCUGAAAGGCACGGCAGCAGAAGAGGUCUGGCCUCUCUUGGCAGAUUUCUGCAACAUAUACAAGUGGUUCCAAAGUCUUGAGAUCAGUUAUCAUGUGGAGGGAGUCCCCGGCCAACCUGGCCUGAUUCGCUACUGCGGGCACCGCGACCGUGGUGAUCAUGACGAAGAUGAUCAGACGUCGGAGCCGAUCAAAUUCUCUGCCAAAGAGAAGCUGCUGAUGAUCGAUCCAGUCAGGCGGUGUUUGAGCUACGAGAUACUAGACAACAAUUGGGGGCUCAAGUCAUAUGUUGCAACCAUGCAAGUGUUGGAUUUGGAUGGGUGCCAAAGCCGCCGUGGGUGCAAGAUUGAGUGGUCGUUUGUUUCUGAUCCUAUUGAAGGAUGGAGGUUUGGAGAUUACGUAUCUUAUCUCCACUCUUGUCUGCAAUCCAUGGCAAAAAAGAUGGAGCAUGCUACCGAUGCUAGCUAAUUCUGUUGAACUUAGUGUAUUAAUUAUAUAUACUCUGUCUGGUUCGUACUGUAAUGAAUUGAAUUUGUACUAAUGAGCUAAGAGAUCGAUUUAGAUCUAAUAUAUUCAUGGCUUGAGCU